AUAAAAUUAUGUAUAAAACAUCGAGUGAAGAGUUAUUGAAGUGUCAAUUUGGCAAAAGAAAUUCAACAGAAUGUUGCCAAAACUCAUCUUAUUAAUCACCUUUGGUAUCAUCGCUUGUAACGCGUACAGCGAUAAAGAGGUUUCUUACAGACCUUUAGAAUGGACUGGGGGUCUUUUCCAAUGGCCGUGCGAAGCGACCAAAGCUAUUUAUAAGAAAUCGGGGAGAUACAUUGGCAAAAAUGUGAUUGCAACUCGUGGUCAAAUCUAUAAAGAUGAAGCUAUCCUUGCUUUACCAAGAUACAAACCGGGGGUUCCUGUAACUUUGGCGAAAGUUUCGUUGAAUCAACAAGGAUGCGAAUCUGUUCUUACCCCAUUCCCUUGUUGGUCCGCUCAAGAUGAGAACAGCCAAGAUGGUCUUAUUUCUGUUGUAGAUUUGUUCAUUGAUGCCCAAGAAAUCUUAUGGAUUUUGGAUGUUGGUGUUGCUAACAGUUUAGAACAACCAAUUAGACACUCAAAACCAAAAGUAGUCGCUUAUGACAUGAAAACAGGAAAAAUGUUGAAAACUUUGGAUUUAUCUGGUUUGGUUGUCCAAGCAUCUCGCCUUCAAUACAUUGCUGUUGAAUACUGCGGCGAAGGAAAACCUUACGUUUACGUGAGUGAUGCCGCUACAAGAUCCAUUUUAGUUUUCGACAUUGUUUUAAACAAAGGAUACAGAGUUGCUCUUCCCAAAGCAAUCCUAACAGGAACAUCAAGAAGAGACGUCUUAUACAUGGCUUUAGUUCAAAAAGGAUGCGGAAACAAUUUCCUCAUUUUCACCUAUUUAUCUUCAACGAGAGUAUUUUCUUUAAGAACCGAUUACUUAAGAGCUGGAUCAGCGGCAGGAAAAGUGACUGAUUUAGGACCAAAACCGCAUAAAUUAGUUAUUGUUGGUACCGAUUUGGGAUCGGCCAUCUUUUUCAGAUACGAGGGAAGACCAGAAAUUUAUAGGUGGGAUGUUAAUACCACUUUUAGCACUGAAAAUUUCGUGGUUGUUUAUAAAUCGCAAAGUUGUAUGUUGGCUACUUCCGCUUUUGCCGACAUCAAGCGACAAAGAAUUAGAGUUUUGGAAAGCAACUUCCCAGAUUUUAUUCAAAAUACUGUUGGUUGUGGUGCUGUUCAACAAGUUAAUAUUAUUGGUCAAUAAUUUACUUCAUUUGAGUUAUUUGGAAAUAAAUGAA